GAGAGAAAAACAAAAUGGAUUCCUUCCCUUUACUGGCGGCUCUAUUCCUCAUCACCGCCGCAACAUGGUUGAUCUCCUUCUGGCGCCGGAAGAGCCUCCCGCCCGGGCCAACUCCCCUCCCCAUCAUCGGAAACAUUCUGCAGGUGGGGUCCCAACCCCACGAGGCAUUCGCGGAAUUAUCGAAGCAAUACGGCUCUCUGAUGUCCAUCCACCUCGGCAGCCUGUACACCGUUGUCGUCUCCUCCCCGGAGAUGGCCAAGGAAAUCCUGCUAAAACACGGGCAGGUUUUCUCCGGCCGAACCACGGUGGAAGCGCUGGCGGCGUGCGGCCACAACAAGUACUCCAUUGGGCUGAUGCCCGUGGGGGACGAUUGGCGCGACAUGAGGAAGAUAUGCAAGGAGCAGAUGUUCUCGAGCCAGUGCUUGGAGAGAAGCCAACAACUCCGCAGGCAGAAUCUGCAGCAACUGCUCGGCCACGUCCAGAAAUGCGCGGAGGAUGGCAGGGCCAUUAAUAUCAACGAGGCCGCAUUCAUCACCACGCUCAACCUCAUGUCGGCCACUCUCUUCUCGAUCAAGGCCACUGAGUUCGACUCCUCAACCACCAUGGAGUUCAAGGAGAUCAUGGAAGGCGUCGCCAGCAUCGCCAGCGUGCCUAACUUGGCCGACUUCUUCCCCAUCUUGAGGCCUUUCGACCUGCAGGGGGUCAAGCGCCUGGCCGAGGUUAACAUCGGCAGAUUGCUGCGUUUAAUCGAGGGCUAUAUCAAUGAGAGGAUCAGCGUCCGAAGAGAGAAUCCUAAUGCUCCGAAGAAGGAUGACUUCUUGGAUGUCAUUGUGGAUUCUCUUCAGGCCAAAGAUAACAAGUUGACGCCCAAACACUUUAACCAUCUCUUGCUGGAAUUGUUGGUUGGAGGAGCAGAGACGAACAUGACUGUGAUUGAGUGGAUAAUGCAAGAGUUAGUAUCGCACCCGGACAAAAUAGCGAAGGUGAAGGCUGAGCUGAAAAGCGUGAUGGGGGACGAGAAGGUGUUGGACGAAUCAAAGAUAUCGAAGCUUCCGUAUCUGCAGGCAGUGGUGAAGGAGUCGUUACGACUCCACCCUCCGGCCGCUAUGCUCGUUCCCCGUAAAGCAGAGAGCGACCAAGUGGUGAACGGGUACCUGAUCCCCAAGGGAACACAGGUGCUGGUCAACGAGUGGGGUAUGGGUAGGGACCCCAAAAUUUGGAAGAAUCCGCUUUCAUUUGAGCCGGAACGAUUUCUUGAUCAGAAGAUAGACUUUAAAGGCCAAGAUUUCGAGCUGAUUCCGUUCGGGUCUGGUAGAAGGGUCUGCCCGGGUAUGCCGUUGGCCAACCGGAUUCUGCAUACAGUGCCGGCAACUCUGGUUCACAACUAUGAUUGGAAACUGGAGCGGCCGAACGCGAGCGAUGAUGAAGCGAAGGGUGUGUUUUUAGGGUUUUCGGUCCGCCGAGCUGUUCCGCUGAAGAUCAUCCCAUACAAGAAGGCAUGAUGUUCCCAGUUUGAUGUCUAAAUAAAUUUGUACUCUUGUAUUGUUACUGCCACAGUUGCGUUAUAAUGCUAACUUUUCUUAAAUUGCUAA